AUGGAAGCCCUCAGUGUGGCUGAGAUGGGUGAGCUGGCAGAGAACCAAGACAGUGUCAACAAGAAGGAGAACAGAUGUUUGUUUGAGCUAUAUAUGCAGCCUUGCCUGGCUGAGCUGUUUGGGACCAGCCUCUUCGUAUUUGUUGGGUGCUCAUCUGUUGCUGGGAACUUGGAAAAAGAAACCGCUAUCCAACCCGCUGUGGCCCAUGGACUGGCCCUGGGAGUCUUGGUCACUGUAUUCGGACAAAUUAGUGGAGGCCACUUUAACCCUGCUGUGUCUCUGAGUAUUUACCUGUGUGGAGGGAUGAAGCUGCUCCUGCUGCUGCCUUAUGUUCUGGCACAGAUGGUUGGAGGCAUGAUCGGCGCUGGUUUGACCAAACUAAUCUACCACUCUAAUGAAUAUGCUGGUGCUCUUGGAGGAGCCUUUGGCACAAUCCCCGGUGACCUUGGUAAAACAACCUUAGCAGAAAUGAUGAUGACCUUUUUCCUCACUACUGUGGUGUGUCUGGGGGCUGUUAACAGCCGAACCCGAACGGCAUGGGCUCCUUUCUGCAUCGGCCUCACUGUUACGGCCAACAUUCUUGCUGGAGGGGCCAUUUCUGGAGCCUGUAUGAACCCUGCCAGAGCUUUUGGUCCAGCAGUGGCUGCCAACCAAUGGAAUCACCACUGGGUGUACUGGGUUGGACCCAUCUGUGGUGCGCUACUCACUGUCACCUUCAUUAGUGGCUCCCAUUUUAAUCCUCCAUUCACUAUUGCAAUCUACUUGUGUGGAGGCAUAGAGCUGAUGAUGGUAGGGCCAUACCUUGUCAGUCAGCUCAUUGGAGGAGUGCUUGGAGCUGGAAUGGCUAAGCUGAUCAGCCCUAUUGAACGCUACAACAAUGUCACAGGAGCAGCAUUUGAUAUCCUCAAGUCAGAGAGACAGCUGUCCAGGGCCAUAUUUGGGGAGGUGGCCAUGACCUGCCUGGUGACAAUGGUACUGCUGCUGGCUGCGGUCAAUGGCAAGACGAAAACCCCCAUGGCUCCGUUUUUGAUUGGAUGUACUGUCCUCAUCAACAUCUUGGCUGGAGCUGACAUCUCAGGGUCGUGUCUGAAUCCUGCUCGGGCUUUCGGGCCGGCUUUAAUGACUAACUACUGGGCCUACCACUGGGUGUACUGGGUCGGGCCCAUCGGAGGAGGAGUGCUGGCUGCUGUUUUGGUCAGGCUCACCCUUGGAGAUAAUAAGUUACGAGUAGUUAUGAAAUCAUAA